AUGUUUUCACGCGUUUUGAAAUCAACAAACCAACAACAAGCCCCUCCUUCACCUUCAUCCAACACCAUCACCAAUAAUACCACCACACCUUCUACACCUAAUUCCAAAUCAACUUCCAGAUCCUCUCAUAUCAAAUCACAAUCUACCACAGCAGCUCAAUCGUCACCUUCCAAAAUUCCAGUCGCCUCCAAUCCAUCUUCAAGAUCAACGUUCGUUGCCAGUGGUAGCAAGGAGAACGUUCCUGCUCCAACUUCAAAUGGUAAUAAUGGUCAAAAUCCACCUCCAGAGAAAGAAAGAUCAAAUUACCUCUCUUUCCUCUUCUCUCAAUCUCAACAAGGUGCACCCACUACUCCUGUUAAAGUGAACAAAACUGCUCCUGCUCCUAUUGCUCCCCAUCCAGGUCAAGCAUAUCACACCACUCACGGAAACGGUAUCGGUCAAGCGGUCCAAGCGAAUUCGACUAGAGAUGCCCAGUCUCAUGGACAUGAUCAUAGACAAUAUAUCCCUGAGUCAGAUGACAUUCAUAUGCAAACAAUGAAAAACACGAUCAAUCCUGCUAUGUUGAAACAACUUGCUUCAGCCCCAACCGCACCAAUCGCUCAACAUCAACAUCAAAUUGCACAACCUCACAGAGGUGUUCAGGGACAAGCACCUACCAAUCCUUACGCGAUUCAAAGGGGUGCAUAUAACGAAGAUGUUUACAUGAAGACUCAAAGACCUGAAACGAAGCAUGAAAAAGAACGAGGUCUUCAACUAUGGGAAAGGGAGUUGGUCGAAUCAGCUGAAAUGAAAAGGAAAGCUACUGUAGCUCAAAUCUACUUUUUGGAUUACUAUUUCGAUUUGCUCGGAUACAUCGCUAACAGGAAGAAGCGUCUUGAGAACUUUAAAGUCGAUACCACUCAACGAGGUGUAUCUGGACCUGAAUUGCAAAAAGAAGUCUCAUCUUACAACGGUCGAGAGAGAGUCUUAUUACGAAAGAGAAGGACAAAGCUUAGAGUUGAUCAAUUCCGAAUCAUCGCUCAAGUUGGUCAAGGUGGAUACGGUUCGGUCUACCUUGCUAGAAAAGCGGACACGAACGAAGUUUGCGCUCUGAAGAAGAUGCGAAAAGGUACUUUGGCUAAAAUGGAUGAAGUCAAGCAUGUCCUGGUAGAAAGAGAUAUCUUGACUGCUGUGAAGACUCCUUGGUUGGUCAGAUUGUUAUAUGCCUUCCAAGACACAGAGCAUGUCUAUCUAGCAAUGGAAUAUGUACCAGGUGGUGAUUUCCGAACUUUAUUGAACAACUCUGGUGUGCUCAAAGAAGAACACGCAAGAUUCUACGCAGCAGAGAUGUUCAUGGGUGUGAACGAACUACAUAAGUUAGGUUAUAUCCAUCGAGACUUGAAACCUGAGAACUUCUUAGUAGACGGUACAGGUCAUGUCAAACUCACCGAUUUCGGUCUUGCUACUGGUUCCUUGAACCCCGCGAAAAUCGAUCAGAUGAAGCAAAAGCUCGACCAAGUCAAAGAUGAGGAACUUGUCUUCCGAUCUACUCUUGAACGAAGGACAAUUUACAGAAGUAUCCGAAUGGCGGAACCUCGAUAUGCCGACUCUGUAGUCGGUUCUCCUGAUUAUAUGCCACCUGAGGUUCUCCGGGGAAAGACAUACACUUAUUCUGCCGAUUACUGGUCUCUUGGUUGUAUCUUGUUUGAAUUCUUAUGUGGAUUCCCACCCUUUUCCGGAUCCACCCCAGAAGAAACCUGGGCGAACCUCAAAAACUGGACAAGAGUCUUGAGAAGACCAGUAUAUGAUCGACCUGAAGAUUUGAUAUUUAACCUUACGGAUGUAGCUUGGGACGCAGUCACAAGAUUAAUCGCCAAUCCAAAAGAUCGAAUUACGACUCUUGAUGAAGUUCAAUCGUUACCAUUCUUCUCUUCAUUACCAUUCAAAUCCCUGAGACAAAUAGACGCUCCAUUUGUUCCUGUGUUAGAUGGCGAGACGGAUGUAGGAUACUUUGAUUCUUUCUCAAGUCCUGAAGAUAUGGCUAAAUACGCCGAAGUCUUCAAGAAACAAAGAGAUGUGGAAGCUGUUGAAGAAAAGGGUAUCGGCAAUAGAAAUAACUGGGUCGGUUUCACUUUUGGUAGAAACGCUAAUAUCGCUCCUGCUCCUCGAGGAAUCAAGCCUGAAGGAGAAGCUCUACAAACUAUUUUCUAG